UAUCACUAUCACAGAUGAAUGUGAUACUACGUAAUAGUAGUAUCUAAUCUUAAUAAUAGAUUCAAAAGGAUUUAUUGUUAUCGCUUUGUUUAUUUAUAUUCUAAUAAAUGUUGAAAUUUCGAAAAUGUCUCAAGUGAUCUAUAAACCUUAACUCAAUAUAGGCUAGAGUUUUAACUCUGUUAACAUUAUAUGUAUCCCAAAAACAAAACAGGGGCAUACUAGAGAUGGUUUCGCAAGUGGUGCAAAUGUUAGCGGACGCACUAAGCACUGCAACUAUCCUCUCAUGUUUAUUUUUAAAAGUGCCUCAAAUAAUGUACCUAAGAAAGAAAAAGUCAGCUGAAGGCAUUUACAUACAAGCAAUGUUGAUGGAGAUUACGGGGUUUACUAUAGUGACCCUGUACAAUUAUACAAACCGCUACAGUGUUAUGACUUAUCUAGAGUAUCCCAUCAUACUGCUGCAAGUGUAUGUUAUGUUAUAUUAUGUGUUGAAGUUUAAACAACUCACAUCUGCACCAAUUGUGUCUCUUGGAACACUGAUGUAUUUUGCUACUAUACUUGGAUUUGUGUUUGGGGUAGUUCCAAAAGAACUAUUGUCUUAUUUAGUGCCUUUCUGUACACCUCUAAGUGGAUCAGCGAAAGUAACCUACAUUUAUGGAAUAAUUAAAGCGGCAAAUGCUGAUGCCGUAUCCUGUACUACAUGGAUUAUUUCUAUCCUAACAAAUAUUUCACGCCUAUUCACAGUCUAUGUUGACUCUGCCGACAUUAAGCUGAUGAUAAAUUUCUUAGUGUCCACGAUUCUAAGUACUGGUGUAUUAUGCACAGCGAUUUAUUAUCAGACAUACAAAUCUAAGGAGCCUGCACAAAAUCAAGGAAAAACAUCUGAUCCACACCCCCAUAGCCAUAAAGACUGAUCAUAUACAAAGAACAUAAUAUUUUACAUAGCACACAUGAUACAUUGAAAAUCACCGAUCAGCCAUAUUUGAUCAUUUUUUAAAUUGGUUAUUUUAGCAAUUACUUGACGCUUAAGGCUUAAUCGUAUUCGAGCGAGUUGCUGCGUUUGGUUGUGGUGGGAAAUCGCGAGUUUGAGUGAUUCUGAAGAUGAUACAUCGGCUGACGAAGACAUUUUCCGCGGGCGACAAAGCCUAAAAAUGUAAAAGUAAAUUGUUACGUGCAUUCGGUUACUGCAUUGAGCUUCAAAAAAACUGUAAUUGCAUCGUUAAGUGUUGUUAUGCGUGUGGAUUGGAGACUCCGAAAAUGUCAUCGAGCUUCCAAAAGCUACAUAACCGCUGAUCGCUGGUGCUCAAAGUUUCUUGUGCGUUAUACGCUCUACAGCCAAGGCCAAACCAAAGCGUUCACUCGUGACGUGAAAAUUUUCGACCAAUCACAAGGCGCGUCGGUUUGAUUAACAGUUGUGAUUGGUUGUAAUCAGAAGGCAAACUUGCGCGCGAGGCUAGACGCGGUGGCGUGGCCCUGCUUUAAGUUGAUAAGUACAAAAGUGUUAUUUUGAAACUGCUGAAUCCUAAAGUACCCAUUAUUAUUAUAAAUGCGAAACGUCCUCAGUCAUGUGGGACCUACGAGAGAGAGAGAGAGAGAGAGAGAGAGAGAGAGAGAGAGAGAGAGAGAGCCCCAUCACGCCUAAAAAGGCUUUCGCAUUUAUAAAAUAAGUGGGGUAAUUGGGAUUCAGUACAUGCGAAUAGUACAAGCGACGUGUGUACAAGUAUUUAAUAUACCUGCAAUACACUAAAGUAGAUAUGAUUAUAAUUUAUAAUCCCAGCAGUCGCUGGGCCGCACCAGUAGUUUGAUUGUGUAAGAUGGUCUGUUCAAUGAAGCACUUGGACUGGUUGGUGACUUGAAAACAAACACAUGUGAGUCUUGGUAAUUUUAGAAAGUCAGGUUUAAAUUCUAAAUUUUUCAACAAAAAGAAGGGACAUAGCUUGAAAGAUUACGAUUUAAGUUUCUUACACAAUCGCCCUUUGAAGUUGAUUAUUAAGGUGGCGGAGCUGGUACAAAACGCACAUGAGAUAAAAUAUCGAGAUGAAAAAUUUAUUUUUACAAGUAAAUUUUAAUGUGGAUUAUUUCCUGUUAAAAUGCUUAUAUUAUAUCAAAAAUUUUACGCAAAUUGACUACUGUUUUGUUAGUGUGAACGCCUUAUUCUACAUAGAAUAUGACUAACUAAAUGUGAAAACCUUAUUUAUCAAUUAAAUAAUUUAUAUUAAUUUGUAAAUCAUAAAAAGGCUAUUAGUUAUAUUAUCAUUAGAGUUCCUAUCCUUGUUAUUUAUUCUAUUUAUUUUAGCUUAAAAUAUAAUUUUUAUGCUAACAUUUUCAUUAUUAUUAAUGUUAUAUUGAAAUUUAACUAUCACUGUUUAUCUUAGACUAGAUUAGAAUAAUUGUUAUAAAACUGCUUAUACUAGCAGAUAUAUUUAUAGUAAUAGAUUUAGGAAUUCGAAUAGCAGAAUUGGAACUUCUUUUGUGGUGAUUUAGAAGUUUUACCGAUAAAAGUCAAUUUAGCUACUAAUUUAGAUUCGAGAAAAUUAACAUUCAAUAAAAAAGGAAAAAUGCAAGAACGAAAAUAAUUGAUUGUCACCCACCAAUUGUAUGGCCGAGUGGUGUACUGUCCAUACCAUCUGUAACCGGCUUACAGAUUCCUCUUUAAAUCUCUAAUUCGAUAUUACAAUCGCUGCUAAAGAAGUUUCUACCUGCAUGUGAGCAUUAUAUGAAAUAGUAACCUGAGCGCACAAUAUUAUUACGGUAUUAUACCUACCUUUUUAGGUGCUUAUAUUAAUCUAUGUAGAAAAAGCAAUAACUUUUUAUCGAAUGCAAUAUAAAGAUUAAAUAUAAUUAAUACACUUGUUGAACUUAGUGGUUAGUUAAAUUGUUUAACAUUGGCUUUAUUUAUAAACUUGGCAUAACGUUGGAAUAGGUAGUAGGCAGCUUUGAACACAGCAAGAACAUGUAAUAAAUAACACUGCUCAUCUAUUCCGAAGCUAUUCUACGUUUAUUAUAUUAAUAAGAUGACACUGUUAACUAAGUCUUUAACCCGCCGCUGAGAAAAUGCGUUCCUGUCGACUGUCAGUUGCUUAUUUCUAUCAUAACAAACAUUUGACAUAACCUUGUACGUGUGCAGUCUGAAUAAAGGGAAAAUUGCUUUCUCAUUUAUUUAUCAUUGCAUUUUUUGUGUUAUAUAAAAAAGUAUUAAUGUUGAUACGAUGAUAUAGUUUAAAAAUAUAUAUAUAUUUUAAUUGUAAAGUAACGCUGCUUCAAAGUGGUAUACUUAGUCCUUUUUAAUCUCGACCUUUCAGGAACGCAUUAUUUCUACGGCCGAAUUUAAAUCUAAAAUUAAUUUAAAUAAUCUUAAUCCCCUCUUCUGCACGCGAUUUUUAAUAGGUAUAGGUAUAGGUAUAUUGAAGAACAAACUGUAUGAAAGAAAUUUUAAAUCGAGGUAUAUUCCAAAGUAGGUAAACAUCAUUAUCAAAAAAAUGUUUUAAUGUUUCCAUAACUAUUUUCAAGAAAAGGUGACAGUUUAAAUUCUACGUCUAUAAUGACAGACCCUAACUGAGACAAUUCGAUAAUUAUAAAUACGAAAAAAACAAGGACUAUAAAAACUAGACUAUAAAACGAAAAUCCAUUUAUAGUCCUUGUAUCGGCGGUAUUUGAACCCUCAUCUCGCGUCAUCUAACGCAUCCGUAGUGCUUUGGCAAAUAAAUUUGUCCUACCUCUGCUGAUGCUGAAAUUAAGCUUUAUAGAUGCGGUUAUCGGUCUGAAGCUAUUAUCAGCGCUAUCUAGUUGGAACUUUGCAGUAAUGUUUCGGAAAAGUAUUAAAGAUCGCGAUAGUCAGAGAGAAGGGGGUUAUAGUCCCGCCAAUUCUUAAAUGUUGACAUGUAUUUUAAAAAUAAACAGAUGAUUAUAGAGCAUUAAAAAAUUAUUUGAACUUUACUUAAAUUUUGAAGAGACAUAACAAGACUUAGAAGAAUGAAAUCAAUGUUAUAUAAAUUCUGUUUCAUAUUGCUAUAGUGGUCAACAGCAGCCUGUCUCAGUUACAAAACCAAUUUUGAUUCUCGAUUUAAAUGUAAGAUUAUUAUGCCUAGCCUAGGAUAAAAUGGCCGGUUUUAUGCACUGUUGUAGAAUCUUGUGUUCCUUACAUAUGUAGUUUAAUAAUUUAUUGUUGCCCUUCCUACUAAUGCCUUCGAUACCUAUUUAAUGUUGUUUGUUACAAGCUACUGCUAUAUCUUAUAAUAAAUUCUUCACUAUUUA